CUCUACCAUCGACCGAUGCGGAUCUGGGUUUGGAGUCGUCCCUGUUUUUGGCUGCAUGGACAAGAGAAAGAACUUAAGGGGGACGUUCCUAGUCCUCUUCAUUAUCACCUUCAUCGUCAUCUUCAUCUUCCUCACCAAUAUGUGAUGUGUCAAAUUCCUCAGAGCUGCGACGCCACACACGUCACUCUCCUGACGCAGCCGGAUCAUGUGAAGGAUCUGAAGCAGAAGUGGCUCCCGAUAAGAAACAAAGUGGCGCUAAAGAAGGAGAAUGAGUUUGAGUUUGACUUCACGGUCUGUGUCUCCACCCUGUUCGGUGGAUACAACAAUGUGCUGCAGUUUGCACAGACGCUGGAGAUGUACAGGAUGCUGGGUGUGGACAGGGUGGUGAUCUACAACACCAGCUGUGGUCCAGAGCUCAACCGCCUGCUGCACAGCUACAGCCAGGAGGGCUUUGUGGAGAUGGUCCCAUGGCCGAUCGACAAGCACCUGAAGCCGUCCUGGCGCUGGAACCCCACAGAGCACGGAGGGGACCUGCACUACUUUGGCCAGCUGACCACGCUCAACGAGUGCAUCUACAGGUCCAUGGAGCGCUCACGCUACGUCCUGCUGAACGACAUCGAUGAGAUCAUCAUGCCGUACCAGCACGACAGCCUGACGAGCCUGAUGGACACGCUCCAACCACAGCAUCCCAAUACGGGGGUGUUCCUUAUUGAGAACCACAUCUUCCCCAAGAAACACUUUGAGCCAAGUCAGCGGUUUCACCUGCCUCAGUGGAGCGGCGUGCCGGGAAUUAACAUCCUGGAGCACGUCUACAGGGAGGAACCCGACAGGAGCAGAUACCACCCUUACAAGAUGAUAGUUCAGCCAAGGAUGGUGGAGCAGACGUCCGUGCACGAGAUGCUUAGGAAUUUUGGAGAACGGUUCAAGGUUCCACCGGAGGUUUGUCGGAUCAUUCACGUCCGCGUGCCUCUGCAGGGCUCAUUGACGCUGGAGCAGCUGAAGGUGGACAAACGACUUUGGGAUUUCCAUGAAAGAAUGAUUCCCAAUGUGGACAACGUGCUGAGGAAAGUGGGACUGCUGAGCUCAGACCAGCAGAAGUGAUGACUGGGUGGAUCCAAACGCUUUUUGUAUUGUUAUGGAGUGAAGGUUUAUUGUGGCGGUCCUGUUCCUGUUAUCAAGUGAUACCUGUUCCUGAAUUGGGUGCUAGGUUAACUCUGAUUGAUUCCUUUGCACAUUAUGAU